CAGCUGACUAAUCGAUGGGCGGACAUCGCCACCUAUCGAUAACGAGAGCCAGCGCACACACAGUGCAAAAGAGUGCGAAAAAGAAAACUGGACAAAAAGCGAAUUUACUUUGAACAGAGUAGCUUUUGGAAGUUGGCGUAGUCCGUUGACCAGUGCCAAGGCAUGCUGUAACCCCUGUCCGCUCAAAUCCGGCUGUGGCGAAACGAGAAGCUAGAGAAACCAGAGCGAUUACAGCUCCCUUAUUAUUUGCCUUCUGCCGUUUUCCACCUCCUCCAACUCCGUGCGGGGGCAAGAGCAGCGAGAGACACUUCGAGACGAGUCGCUCGGGAGCGCGGGGGCAGCGGAAACUGGGACUGGCACUGGCUUGUUGUUUGGUUUAGCGUGGAAAUCAACAAACGGGUCGGAUCCGGGCCCGGUUGCAAGAACGGGGCGUGGCGUGCUUAGUGGCAUUGGCUGGCGGCUUGGCACCAACACCACCGGAGAGGCUGCAACAAGUAGGCGGCAGGCAUGGACGUGUCACUAACGGAGCCGGAGACACGGUUCUACAGUGAGCUCUUCCAAUGCUGCGACGUGGAGAAGACUGGCAAGGUGCCCAUGCUGAAGGCCACAGAGCUUUUUCGCUCGGCGGACAUCGCCAACGAGGCGGUGAUUGAGAUCACUGGCCUGGCAGGGAUUCCCUCGACAGCGCUGCAUAUCUCGAGAACUCAGUUUUACUCAUGCUUGAAGCUGAUCGCCGCCCACCAGGCUGCCAUGCCGCUGCGCCAGGAGCUAAUCUCUGCCACGGUGCCGCUUCCUCUGCCGCACUUCAGCUGGAAGGAGGCAAUCACGGCUCCGGUUUCGGUUGAAAAUGGAUUGGCUGCCUUGCCGCCACCGCCGCCCACAGAUCGGAGGAACUCCCUGCGCCGCAACUCGCAGCAGGAGCAGCUGCAGGACACCUCUGACUUGCCCAGCACCGACUCAGAGGUGGAACAGAACGAGUCUGUGGACGAGGCGACGGGCCAUGGGCGUGGCACAGAUGGCAGCGGAGUCGUCAGCAGCAGUAGCCGGGAGAAUGUCGGGCGGCGUCGAGGUGGCGGUGGUGCUGGUGCUGCUGGUGGUUCUCCGGAAGCCUGGAGCACUAAUAGUGACAGCCCCACGCCUACCAACAGUGUGGCCGAGCGGCCCUGGGCUCAGGACACCCUCUGGCAGGGUUUGCUGGGCGACGAGCACCGCCAGUUGUUGGGCACCGAGGAGGAGUCCUCGGACCGCCACAGCAGCGAUGACGAGGACAACGAGAACGAGCUGGUGACACUUUACCAGAUAACUCCGGAGCAGCGCGAGUACUACAAUAAGCAGUUUCGGACAGUUCAAAGGGAUCCGCACGGGCUGCUCUCUGGCCAAGCUGCACGGUGGAAUCUUCUUCGAAAAAGCCGAAUUCCCGUGGAGGAGCUGCGCCACAUCUGGCAGCUGUGCGACGUGACUCGUGACGGGGCUCUAAGCCUUUCCGAGUUUACGGCCGCCAUGCAUCUUGUAGUUCUGCGGCGCAACAACAUUCCGUUGCCCACCAGCCUGCCCAACUGUCUGCAUCCCAACGUGCUGCUUGCGGCGGUCGGCGGUGGACAAGGUGUCACAUCCUCGUCAUCGUCGGCGGCACUGCCCCAGGAACCUCCCGAGGCUGAUCUCCUACACCUGAACGACGACGAUGAGGAUGACCACACGGACAAUACAAUCAUUGCUGGCAAUCUCAGCGGAGGCAGCUCCACCACCAGCAAACCGCGUCCCAACGUGCCAUCUGGGGACAAGAACAUAAUGAAUCUGAGCACCAUCUCCACGUCCUCACAGGCAAGCAAUAGCUCGCGGCGCGAGGUCACGCCGCCCAAAAACCGCAGUAUCUCAAACUCACCGAGUGCCGAGAAGCCGGUGACGGGCAUUGUUUCCACUACGGGAAACGCCGUGGACGCAAGCACAAACGCUGCCAGCCAGUGGACAAAGUUCAGUGAAUCUCCGACGACAAGCGCUGCCCCGGUGCAGUCCACCACUGGAGGAGGGGCGGCGGCAGCUGUUGUAGCAACUGUAGCAGGAGCUCCUGCCGUCUCUAGUCCCGGGCUUAAACCUGCCCUGUUCGAUAUGAAGCGCUCUGCGCAGGAUGUGGUCUCCAAUCCGCAGAUUCUGCACCCAGUGCCGCUACGAGUAACGCCCAUCGGCACAGCCAUUGCUUCCUCUGCUGAGCCAUCCAACGACAACGAAGGCGUUGUGGUUAUUCGCGAGGACAGCCCCAAGGCCAUCACAUCAACUACGACGAUCAUCAAUCAGUCAUCUGGAUCGGCUGCCUCAUCAUCGGGAGUCGCUACUGGCUCCCAUCGUGAGAGCAGCGAUCUGCGUGCCAUCCAACGACCCCAGGCCAAGAAGCUGCCUGCCAAGAACAGUGCUUUGCCGCCUCCUCCGCAACGGGAGUCGAGCAUCGGAUCCAGUGGUCCCAGUGAGCCACCUGAGCAGCAAACCGUAUACGUGGCGUCCAAGAAGGAGCCGCCGCCCCUGCCGCCACCAAGGCCGCAUCGUCAUGCCCGAAGCAGCAGCCUGGACUUGAAUAAGUUCAAAAUGGGCGCAACGGGUGGUCCCCAGCAGGCAGAGAUCACUGCGCAGGCCAGCUUCGAUAUGCAAACCUCAACGGGUUUUGCCGAUUUCACGCACUUUGCCGACGAAGGCGCCGCGAACGUCAUGGACGAACAGCAGCUGCAUUCGCUGCCGCCUGCGGCACCUCCCCCUCAGGCUGCAGUGGUGCCGCCCACAAGGAUUACUCUGCAGCAGGCUCAGCAGCGUGUUUCUGCCUUCGAGGUCUAUCGAAAGCCCCAGACACCGCGCGGAUCGCAAUCGCCACCGCAGCAGCCUCCACCUCCGGCUCCGGGCCUGGCAACAACGGCCCAAGUAGGCCUGCUUCCCAGUGCCGAGAGCUUUGAGAAGCGGGUGUCCGCUAUCAGUGACUCGCUGCGGCAUGUAUCCUUUAAGCAGGGCCAAGCCAACACCACAGAGGUCCUGCAGCGACUGCGCGAGCAAAACAACUCACUGCUGCAUCUGAACGACUUGAGCGACGCUCUGAGCGUCCAGACGCGCAAAGAGGAGAUGCGUCUCAAGCGAGGACUCACGGCCGGCGAAGCUCCCGGGAGAACAAGCUCCUCGAUAUCAGCCCCGGUGACAGCUAAUGUGACUGGUGGCUCCUCCGGUUCGGCAGGAGCUUCAGUCUAUACCAACAUUUGAGGAGCACCGAUAAAGGAUCAUGUCUAUUAAGCGGUGGAUUGAUUUGUUAGGCAGGAAUUAACUUAGAUUGG